CCAGGGCCUCCCCUCCUUCCUCUAGCCGCCGUCGUCGAGAGGCCGCAGGCAAGGCAGGCCGGCCACCUGCCUUGCGCGCGCCCCCCACGACCUCGGCCCCGUCCUCCGUCGAGCGCCGCCGGCGGCAGGCCCCACGCAAGCACCCGCGCUCCAGCUAGCUAGCUCUCACGACGCCGCGACCCUGCUCCCGCGCCGGCGCCGGCGCGCGCGCGCGGUUCCACCCGUGACAUGAUCUUGUGAUGGUUGGGGGGUUCCUCCGGCGCGGCCACAGCCUCGACAGGCUCCUGUCGAGGAGGCGGCGCGCCGUGUCGCCCAGCCCCUCGUUCUCGUCCUCGUCGUCCUCGCCGUCGUCGUCGCAGCCGUCGUCCCCGCGCGGCGGCAGCGUCAGGGGCGGGAUGGCGGACGACGACGACGACGCAACGGCCGUCCCGCCGCUGCAGAAGCGGAUGCUGUCGAGGAGCCACGGCUCGCGGGCGAUCUCCGGCCGCCUCAACGACCUGCCGCCGGUGCCGGCGAGAAUCACCCGGGACUCUGGGCCGCCUUCAGACUUGGACCUGAUGAAGGAGAAGUUCGCCAAGCUGCUGCUUGGGGAGGACAUGUCCGGCACGGGCAAAGGGGUCUCCUCCGCUCUCGCUCUCUCCAAUGCCAUCACAAAUCUUGCAGCUUCCAUAUUCGGGGAGCAGCGCCGCCUCGAGCCCAUGUCGGCCGAUCGGAGGGCGCGGUGGAACAAGGAGAUCGACUGGCUCCUGUCCGUCACCGACCACAUCGUCGAGUUCGCUCCGUUGCAACAAGUAUCCGAGGACGGGACCAACAUGGAGGUGAUGGGCACCCAGCAGCGGGGCGAUCUCCUCGUGAACAUCCCGGCCCUGCGAAAACUUGACGCGAUGCUCCUCGAGUACCUUGACAGUUUCCACGAGCCCCAGGAAUUCUGGUACGUGGCGAAGGACGCCGACGGCGGUGAGGACGACGACUCGUGCGACAAGUGGUGGAUCCCGACGGUGAGGGUUCCUCCGGAGGGCCUGUCGGAGGCGUCCAAGAAGUGGCUUCAGCACCAGAAGGAACUUGUUGGGCAGGUGCUCAAGGCGGCCAUGGCCAUCAACGCUGAUGUCCUCACAGAGAUGGAAAUCCCGGAAGAGUACAUCGAGUCGCUGCCGAAGAACGGGAGGUCCAUUCUUGGUGACUCGAUGUACAAGAUCAUAACCGCCGACAUUUUCGACCCCAGCGAGCUCCUGAAUUCAGUGGACCUAUCGACAGAGCACAAGAUCGUCGACCUCAAGGACCAAAUCGAGGCCUCCGUCGUCAUCUGGCAGAGGAAGAUCUGCAACAAGCUGUCGUGGGGCUCUGGUGUCAGCUUGGAGAAGCGCGAGGAGUUCGAGGAGCGAGCGCAGACCGUCCUCCUCAUCCUCAAGCACAAGUUCCCCGGCGUCCCUCAGUCAUCUCUCGACAUAAGCAAGAUCCAGUACAACAAGGAUGUUGGGUACGCCAUCUUGGAGAGCUACUCCAGGACGCUCGAGAGCUUAGCUUUUGCAGUUUUGUCUCGGAUAGAAGACGUUCUCCACGCCGACGCCGUCGCUGGCGACCCCAAGCGCACGAAAUCAAGGAGAAUGACUAGCAGCUUAGAGUCUCCGGUUCUUGAAGCGGCGGCGGCGGAGGCGGAGGCCGAGAGGGAGGAACAGCACCAGAAUACCGUGCACUGGCAGGAUCAGGAGCUUGAGGAUGGUGAGCGGCCUCCGGAGGCGCCGACGCCGGAGGCCGCCGUCAGCGGCGUGAAGCUGAAGAAGGUUCACCGGAUCUCGACGAGGAAAUUUUUGCACACGCAGAGACUCGACAGUAUGACGAGUGGGUUGAAGAGCUUCUCGCACAGAUAGCUACGCUGGGAAACUAACUGUUUGCGUGCAUGGUCAUGCUGAAACGGUGUCUUGUAAUUCGGAGAAAAAAAACUGUAAAUAGCUCAAAUUUAUAGAGAGAGCCCAGGGGAUGUGGGGGUUGGCCAA